AUGCUCUCUGCCCAAGACACUGUCGUUCCGUUCGACUUACCAAUCAAACAGCAGUCUAUGGAUACCACUUGUCUCUAUGGUCACUUGCCUAGCGAUGACGAAGAGGAUGACGAGUUUCUACCCGUUGAGGGUCAUCACACUGACACUGUUGAUGAAGACAAUGGUGAUCUAGAUGAAGAUGAUCCAGAAGAACAUCAUGCUGAUAUUCCUGUUCAAGAGAUUACAGAUCUGGUCAUGACUGCCAUCCCUAUGCAGCCAAGUCUUUUACGCAAGGGAAAGAGUAUCAACAAUACUAUCCAAGACAGCAUUCUUGCUCAAACGUUCGAGAGUGAGGAUGAUGCUGAUGAUGAUUACGAUUGUGGCACAGAAGGUGCCGAGGAUGAAAUGGAUAACGAUGUUGACAUGAACGACAUUGAUACGGAUCCCCUUACCGUACAAGAAGCACAGGACAAUAUUGCUCACUUUGAACUUGCCACUUCCUGUGCAACCGAUAUGCUUUACAACCCUGCCAAAGUACUUCGUGAUGGAAAAGAAAUUUUACUUCCCGGUGACAUGGAUUGUCUAUCCUCAAAAAUUGAUACGUUGAUGCAAAUCCCUGCACCUGCUGAAGAGAGCACAGUGGAAGCAUAAACGUUUAAUACUACAAAAUAUAAUCAGAAUGGCUUUGGUUUAUUUGAAAUAGUUUUGCUUUGCACUAAAAAUAAAAUGGCAUGUGAAUCAGCAGUUUAAAA